AGAGAGAGAGAGAGAGAGAGAGAGACACUGUGUGAGUGUGUGUGAGACUCACUUGCUUCUCAUCAGCAGACGACAGCAGCUGAACGAACAGAAACAAAACAAUCAGACAGACUGAAAACUGUGAUUCAGUGUAAGAUUCACAUCCGAUCUGCUCCGGAGCCUCCAUCCUUUCUUUUCCCGUGAGGAAGAGGAGAACGGAGGAGGAGGAAGAGCCCCCAUCCACCCCCACCCCCAGCACACAGAGAACACUCCGAAGAGAGAGAGAGAGAGAGAGAGAGAGACAUACAGAACAAGGGUUUUAUUCGUUGUGCUUCUGCUCCGUUCUUUCGGGAGCGAGUGGCAUGCUCAUGUCCGUCAACUCAGAAAAAUCAUCUUCCCCAGAAAGGCCCGACACACAGAAGGUUCCGUCAGCCCCGCCUCCUGCCCCGCCCACACCCCCUCCACCCGAACCGGCAGCCCCUCCCGAGCCGGAGGAAGAGAUCCUUGGCUCUGAUGAUGAAGAGCAGGAAGAUCCGGCAGACUACUGCAAAGGCGGCUAUCAUCCGGUGAAGAUUGGCAACCUGUUUAAUGGCAGAUAUCAUGUGAUUCGUAAACUGGGCUGGGGUCAUUUCUCCACUGUGUGGCUGUGUUGGGAUAUUCAAGGGAAGCGUUUUGUUGCGAUGAAGGUGGUUAAGAGUGCGCAGCACUACACAGAGACAGCGCUGGAUGAAAUUAAACUUCUCAGAUGUGUGCGUGAGACAGAUCCUGAUGACCCCAAUAAAGAUAUGGUUGUUCAGCUCAUAGACGACUUCAAGAUCUCUGGAGUGAACGGAAUUCAUGUGUGUAUGGUGUUUGAAGUUCUCGGUCAUCAUUUGCUCAAGUGGAUCAUCAAGUCUAAUUAUCAGGGUUUGCCGUUACCCUGCGUCAAGAGCAUCAUCAAACAGGUUCUACAGGGGUUGGAUUAUCUGCACAGUAAGUGUAAAAUCAUCCACACAGAUAUCAAACCCGAGAACAUUCUCAUGUGUGUGGACAACGCGUUUGUACGCAGGAUGGCCGUCGAGGCCACAGAGUGGCAGAAAUCUGGAGCUCCUCCACCGUCUGGAUCUGCAGUCAGCACAGCUCCUCAACCCAUACAGGUGGGUAAAAUCUCGAAGAACAAGAAGAAGAAGUUGAAGAAGAAGCAGAAGCGGCAGGCGGAGCUCCUGGAGAGACGGAUGCUGGAGAUCGAAGCUCUGGAGAAAGAGGCGGAGCAACAGAGAACAGAACCCGCCCACAGCUCCACCAACAGCCCCACCCUCAUGCUGGGAGACAGUGAGGAUGAUGAAGAUGAUGAUGAGGAUGUUGAUGAGGAAGAAGAGCCUGAAGGAGAGAGAGUGCGACCUGUCAGACUCACUAACCACACGUGCGCAGAGGCGGAUCAGGAGGACGUAGAUGAGAAUGAGGAUGACUGUGAUGUCACUUCCACCACAGACUGUCCAGCUGAAGAGUCCACAACAGAGACAAACACACACACUCCUGGGGAAGAGACGGAAAACACCAGAGAAACAGACAAACAGGAAGGAAAUGAGGAAGAGAAACAGGAACAGGAAGAGGAAGUUAAAGUGAAUGAACAGGAAACUGAAGUUACACCACCACAGAACACAGAUGAGGCAAAACAACACGAGUGUCCGAGAGAGGAAACGGACGCAUCGAAAGAGACGUCAGAGAGGAAAGAGGAAGCUGAUGAUGAUGAUGAAGAUAAUGAUGAUGAUGAAGAGGAGGAGGAGGAGGAAGCAGAUGAUGAAAGUCACAAUCAUACUGACUCGUCUAAAACAAAUGGUCAUGUCAUUAUGGGUGCAGAGGAUGUGAAACGCCUGUCGCCCCCGCCGCAGCCCGUACAGCAGUCAUCAACGCUCCUGUGCCCGCUGGUCGAAUCAGAGAUCAGCACGACCGACCGUGAGGCUUCUGAUGCAUCAUACGAACUUUAUAAUGGAGAAAUGUCCAGACUCACAAACGGAGCGCGACACCGCGGCACGAUGCCACGCUUUCCCGAGCUACCGUUUGAUCCGCAACCGGCCGACUGCGUUCGAGAUGAAGCCCAAACUCUCAGCACAAAUGCCGACCGCAGCCGAACCGUAUCAUCAUCAAGCACCGGAGACACAUCGAAAGUGCGGGUCCGAGCAGCUGAUCUGUUAGUAAAUCCGUUGGAUCCUCGGAACGCUGAAGUCCUGAGAGUGAAAAUAGCCGAUCUGGGCAAUGCAUGCUGGGUGCACAAGCACUUCACUGAAGACAUCCAGACCCGUCAGUACCGCUCCGUCGAGGUUCUGAUUGGAGCCGGAUACAGUACGCCUGCUGAUAUAUGGAGCACCGCCUGCAUGGCCUUUGAGUUGGCGACGGGUGAUUAUCUGUUCGAGCCUCAUUCUGGUGAAGACUACUCGCGUGAUGAAGAUCAUAUAGCUCACAUCAUAGAACUUCUUGGCUGCAUUCCUCGACACUUUGCUCUUUCUGGAAAAUAUUCCCGGGAAUUCUUCAAUCGGAGAGGUGAGCUGCGGCACAUCACUAAACUGAAGCCCUGGUCACUAUUUGACGUUCUGUUGGAAAAAUACGGCUGGCCGGCGGAAGAUGCCGAUCACUUCGCUCACUUUCUGUUGCCCAUGCUGGAGAUGGUUCCGGAGAAACGCGCCUCCGCUUCAGAAUGCCUCACUCACCCCUGGCUCAACUCAUAGCACUUUACACACUCGGACUCAUCACCUGACCUGCGGGGUCAGAGGUCAUGGGGGGGGGCUGUGAAUCACGAGUGUCGACACUCCUUCAGAUCAGAUUCCUCGACAUACAGUUUUAAUCUGAGAUGAAGCUUCAGACACUGAACUCUGCGGUGGACGAGACAUUUCACAAUUUCACAACAAUGUCUUUUGUUUCUCAUUUUAUUUAAAUAGUUGUUUUAGGAAAUGGGAGACUCACACUUGUUUUUUAGUGUUUGUAAAACAUGGAGCUCAUUAAUUUAUUUCACAGAUGUUUUCAUUAUAUGAGCGUGUUUACUGGCAAUCGAACCCACGACCGUCGUGUUGCAGGAACACUUCUGAGGGUUUCUUCUUAAGGCGGCAUGUGCUCGUGCAUUGAGAGAAACUCUCUUGAAAUUCCUAGAAAGAUGCUGGCAAACAUUUAGAGAUAAUAAUCGGGUUUUCUGCGAACAGUCAAUCGUUAAUUUUCGGAUACCUCUAGAAACAGUGUGUCAGUGACUGAACAUUAGCGACACUGACGCAACUGUUUGUGUUUUUAACGUAAACGUUGAAGCUUCUCAUCCAAUCACUGACAUUCAUGAGCCCAUCUGAGACCCCGCCCCUUUUGCACCUAUCUUCCAAUCAGCAAAGGAUCCACAACAGAGCCGUUUACAAACAGACACACCCCUCGGACGCACUGCCUCUGGACAAAUAUACAGCUAAACAAAAAUCCAGAAGAUUCUACAGAUGUUAGAUUUCAGACUGACGCCUGAUGAUGGACAGACUGACAGGUGUCACUCAAACAAUUUUUCAGACCUUGAUUUGAGUUUUUUGUGGUUUGGAUUUCCGUCCUGCCCGAUCCAAACUUCAACAUUCUUGACUGUGGCGGGGCAUCAGCUACCUGCGAUGAGCACGCUUGUGAUUAUCUGCACUUUCUGGCAGGACGGCUUCCGCUCGCCGAGGUCUCGUUAAACGAGUUGCACUUGUGUUUGAACUUCUUGUUCAGGGAACAAUUACCAAUGUACAGCGAACUAUCCAAAAACUGCUGCACGCAAGAUAAAAACAGAUUACUAUAAAGAGAUGAGUGGUGAGAUACGAGACGAACAGAACGACCCCCCCUGUGGCUGCGGAGGGAACUGCGUCCUGUGACAUCACACUGCUCAAUGACAUCAUCAAAUUCACAGAUUGUCCAGUUGCCUAUUUUCGCAAUAAAAAUAAGUAGAUGGUGAAAUAUUUUUAAAAACAUUUAAAAGGAAACAUGAAAUGAUCUGAUGUUGUGACCGUGAUGAGUUUUAGUCGUAAUAAGGUGAUUGUGUUUUGUCAAUUUAGAAAUAUUUUUGGUUUCCACUUUUCUCCCCUCAUGACAUUAACUUGUGCUGCUCUGUUGGAAUCAUGUUACAUUCAUGAAUUUGAUCAAACAUGUUUGCAAUAAUAGUGAUGAUGAAUUCUUGCACGGAAGGGUCCCGCGGUCUCUCACGCAGACCGUUCUUCCUCACGUCCACAGAAUCACGUCUCGUGUGUUUUUCAUCAACUGAUUUAAUAAAAUUGUAAAUGAAUGGAUUGCAGUGACGACAUUCCCACCAUUCUUAUUCUGUGUUCCCAUAUUCCCAGUAUUUCAGUGAUAUCAGCCGUGCUGUGUAAGUUUUCAGGUACAUCACAUGCCCAAAAUCAGGAGAACACCCCUUUGAUUAUUUCAUGUUGUCGCAGGACACAGUGAGGUCCAUAUAGAAAUUAUUCACAGUAAUUUGUAUAAUAUUCAUUUCAAAGCAGCUUUACAGAGAAACAUACUGUUUAAAUAUCUGAAGUGAACAGAUUUAUAGAAAUAUAAAUGCAUUCAUAUCUUUGUCUUUAAGCUCCUAGCAUGUAAAGUUCAGUGUUGUCCAGAUUAAACUAUCUAUAAGAUGUUAGUGAGGGCUAACUGGGGCCCAGAUCAGGAAGCAGACAAACUGGUUAAUCCGAACGUCUGCUAGCUGCCUUGAGACGUCACACAGGUCACAUAAACUACAACACAUAGAGAGUGUAUCACCUAGAUAUCUCAUAGAGACUGUGUCUGUUCCACGAACUACCAAACACUAUACCCUCAAUAAAUCAUAAAAAACAUUUAUUACAGUAAAACUUGAAAAUAACAAAUAUUUAAGCUAAACAUAAUUUAAAGAUAGGGCUACUAAACAUUAGAUCUCUUUCUACCAAAGCACUAAUUGUCAAUGAAAUGUUAAUUACAAUUAAUUAAUAUUCAUUAAUAUUUCAAUAUGUUAUUAAAUGAUCUUCUCUUAAACACAAAGUGUGCAACAGAAAUAUCCCCGUCUAAACUCUCCGUUUUACAGAUUUUAUGUUGCUAAACUCGAGGUUGCACAACGCUUUGA